AUGAGUGAUAAUGUUCCCCUUGCGGUUCCUCCAAAAACAGAGUUUAAUAAAUACAAAAUUGGCAAAGUGAAGAGUACACCGGCUAUCCAACGAGAUGCAAAGACUAAUUUAACAUUCAUCAAACUAAGAAAAAGAAGUAGCGAGAAAGUUUACGGCUGCACCGUUUUCCAGAAUCAUUAUCGUGAAGAUGAAAAAUUGGGACAAGGUACAUUUGGUGAAGUUUAUAAGGGAAUUCAUUUAGAGACUCAAAGACAAGUGGCGAUGAAAAAAAUUAUAGUUAGCGUAGAAAAAGAUCUGUUUCCUAUAACUGCACAACGAGAGAUUACCAUUCUAAAGCGUUUGAACCACAAAAACAUUAUCAAGUUAAUCGAAAUGGUGUAUGACCAUUCACCAGAUAUUACAAAUGCGGCAUCCAGCAACCUGCAUAAGUCAUUUUAUAUGAUUCUGCCGUACAUGGUAGCAGAUCUCUCUGGAGUUUUGCAUAAUCCGAGAAUCAACUUAGAAACGUGCGAUAUAAAAAAUAUGAUGCUACAAAUAUUAGAAGGCUUAAAUUACAUUCAUUGCGCAAAAUUCAUGCAUAGGGAUAUAAAGACAGCAAAUAUUUUGAUUGACCACAACGGUGUUUUAAAGCUUGCCGAUUUUGGUUUAGCAAGACUGUAUUAUGGCUGUCCUCCAAAUUUAAAGUAUCCUGGUGGUGCAGGUUCUGGCGCCAAAUAUACAUCAGUAGUGGUGACAAGAUGGUAUAGAGCACCUGAGUUGGUUCUUGGUGAUAAACAAUAUACGACAGCCGUUGAUAUAUGGGGAGUUGGAUGCGUUUUUGCAGAAUUUUUUGAGAAAAAACCCAUUUUACAGGGUAAAACGGAUAUUGAUCAGGGGCAUGCCAUUUUCAAACUACUAGGCACACCAGCAGAAGAAGAUUGGGUCAUGGCUAGGUAUUUGCCAGGUGCUGAACUAACAACAACGAAUUACAAACCAACGUUAAAGGAAAGAUUUGGCAAAUAUCUAAGCGAAACAGGUCUAGAUUUUUUAAGACACUUAUUAGCAUUAGAUCCCUACAAGAGAUUGACGGCUAUGUCUGCCAAACACCAUCCUUGGUUUAAAGAGGACCCUUUGCCAUCAGAGAAGAUAACAUUACCAACCGAAGAAAGUCACGAAGCUGAUAUCAAGAGAUACAAGGAAGAAAUGCACCAGUCAUUGUCCCAAAGAGUACCUACAGCACCAAGAGGUCAUAUAGUUGAAAAGGAUGAAUCUCCUGCCGUGAAAAAUAUUGGGGCGAUUCCAAAAGGCCCCAAAAAAGAUGACGCAAAUUUUUUGGCUCCAACGAAGAACGUAGUACCUAAGCCGCCCCCUCCGAAAAUAAGAGAUCUACACCAAACUCCCAGGCCGUAUCAUGUGAACAAUGAAUAUGCUAAAAAUGCGAUUGCACCGCCUGCUGCCCCUGCAGGAGUUAAUAGAUACGGUUUCAACAAUAGUUCCAGAAAUAAUCGCUUCAAUGGUAGCAGUACCGCACCUAAUAAUAGCAGGAACCCCGUAAAUCGAUUUCAUCCUGAGACAAACGGCAGCUCUAAAUAUACCAAGGCGCCUUUGCCACUGGGGCCACAGUCAAGAUACCAGGGUAAUUCAAGUGAUUCGAGGUACAAAAGCUCCCCAAAUGACUCUAGAUACCAUCACCCUAGGUAUCUUAACAAGCCGGAAACCAGCUUUAAUAGGCCACCACAAAAGUAUAGUCGCCAAGAACCCAAUGCACAGAUCAACCGGAAUUAUAAUCCUUCUAACGGUCCCCGCAAUGCUGCUGGUGAUUAUCAUCAAGGCUCGAGACCGGCCCACCCGCAGUUUCCAGUAUCAUCCUCUCAGGGCCAGCAUCAGCUUGUGGGUAAACCAAUAGAGAAAAAAAACGGAAGCUUUAAGGAUGAGAGAGCGAAACCAGAUGAGCCUAAGGAGUUUCAAAAUAGUGAUAUUGCAGAUCUAUAUUAG